AUGUGGGAAACAGCUUCUUUAAGUAAUGGCUCUAUUGUACAUGAAAAUCAUAAUGAUUAUAAUGAUUAUAAUGAUGAUAAUGCCACGGUGUGUCCUUCACCAGUGGAGGAGUCAUAUGUGGAGAGUGGAGUUAUUACAGGUAACGCAUUGCUGAACGCCAAACUUUCGGAGACGGAUAUUGCACAGGCACAUACUCUACGUAUGAUGGGAAGUGAUUAUGAUGAUAAUACGGCACAUUACGUUGCAGAAAAAGUGAUCCCACUAGCCGUCACAUUACGUACUGUAGAGAUUGCAUCUACACAAUUUAGUCCAGUCGGUCUUAAGAGCCUAUUGCGUGCGUUGUGGAAAACACCAUGGGAUACGUUAGAGCAUCUUUCCUUGUGUGAUGUACAUCUUCACUAUGAAGAGUGUUCUCUGAUUCGACAUGUGAUGAUUAAACAACGUACACAUCUCAAAGUGUUGCAGUUGCGACGGUGUCAUAUGGAUGAUCUUGCAGCGCAGUCAAUUGCAGAAGGUGUUUCACAGGCAGAUUCUCUACAAGAAUUAUUUCUUGCAGACAAUGAUGUAAUUCCAGCUUUUACAAUAUCUGUAGAAGAAGGGACCCUAUCAUUCCCAAAUUCUCUUAAAACACUUGAUAUUAGUGGAAAUCACAUUGAUCCACAUCAUCACCGUGGUCUCUAUCGUGCCUUUUCUCGCUGUGCCUCUUCAAUAGAGGAAAUAUACCUUGCAAGAUGUUCUCUCUCUGAAGAUGGAUUAAAUGCCCUUCUACAUGCUGGUAUUCACUCUUCUCAUGCGCUACGUGUAUUAAAUGUAGCAUCUGGUCGUCUCUUUCGUGGAGCUGGUAGGGUGCUUUGUAGUGUUCUCACAGAGUGUCCAAACUUGGAACGGUUGUAUGUACAAGAUAACUUUAUUGAAGUAGAUGGUGCUGCGCGAAUGUCUGUUGGUAUUCCAUAUGCUAAGAAACUGACCGUACUUGGAAUGGGAAGAUGCCAUUUAGACAGCGAAGGUGUAAGAAUUAUCGCUGAGGCGGUAAAACAGAGUUCUUCACUGCGUGAACUCGAUCUCUCUGGGAAUAACGUACAUGAUAAUGAUGUAUACCAUAUCUGUGCUCUCACUGUGGAUGGAUGUCUACGGUUAAAAUUCCUUGAUUUAUCUGAUAAUCCUCUGACAAAAGCCUCUUGGGCAGCACUUCAAACCUUAAUAGAGAGAGAAAAGGGAAAUGGUUGCACUAUACUAGUUCGUGGGACAGAAUUAGAGGAAGAAUAUUCAUAUCUUCGUUGUGAUAACUGA